AUGAGCGUAAUUCGCUCACCAUGCCAUGGCGCCUCCCCUCCCCGUCCGCCAACUCUCGCGGCUGCAACAUUCUCCGCCGCACCACACUGCGCGCUUACCGUAGGCCGCCCUUCGCUCCCGGGCUCUCUCUUCCUGCGCCCCCGACUCUCCGCGCCUCGCCAACCUUGCCUCUGCCCGUCCCGCCCCAUCCGCGCACCUCCUCCCGCGGCUGCGCUCGACGGGCUGGGCGCGGUGUACGGGCAACUCGCGGACGCGCUGCUGCACGGGGUGCCGCUGGGCAUGGACGUGACUAUAGCGAGCGUGCAUCACGAGGUGGCGCAGCUCGCGGCGUCCGCCGGCAUUCCUCUGGACGACCCCGUGGCGCUGCGCGAGUGGAUCGCGUCCGUCGCGCUGCUGCUGGCGUACGCCUCCGCGCCCCCGUCCGGCCCCAUGGGCCUCCUCGACUUCCUCGUCGCGCCCCUCCAUACCGUCACCUUCAGGCGGUUCUCCCCGUCGGAGGUGAAGGUGGGGCGGCAGCUGGGCCACGGCAACUUCGGCGUGGUCUACGAGGCCACCGUCGCCGGCCCGCGCGGACAGCCGCAGCGCGUGGUGGUGAAGCGCAAGGCGGCGGGCGCGGGCGCGGACGAGAUGCAAGACGUGGAACUGUUCAUGAACCACCGGCUGCAGCGCACGGUGCCAGGAGUGGCGGCCAAGUUCCUGGGGACGAUGGAGGUGCAGCCAGGGAACAAGCUGCAGGAGGGGGUGUGGCUGGUGUGGCAGCACCAGGGCGACAGCACGUUGGACCGCCACCUCAAGGACAGCCAGUACCCCGCGCCGCUGGCCGCCAUGGUGCUGGGCGUGCAGGGGGACGCGAGUGGGUGGUCGGAGGAGCAGCGCAUGUGGGUGGAGUGGGAGGUGGCGCAGACCGUCAUGCGCCAGAUCCUCUCCAACCUCCGCGCCCUGCACCACGCAGGCGUGGUGCACAGGGACGUGAAGCCGGCCAACCUGGUGGUGGACGAGGCCGAGCGCCACCUCUGCCUCAUCGACCUCGGCGCCUGCGUUGACCUGCGCUCCGGCCGCAACUAUGUGCCCAGUGAGACGGUGAUGGACCCAAAGUACGCCGCCCCCGAGCGCUUCGUCAUGCCGCCUGCCACCACGCCGCAGCUGCCGCCCGACCCGCUGGCAAGCCUGCUGUCGCCCUUCCUCUGGGUGGCCAACUCCCCCGACAGAUUUGAUGUCUUCUCCGCUGGCGUGGUGCUCAUGCAGCUCUCCCUCAAGUCGCUGCGCCAUGAGGCCAACCUGGAGGGGUUCAACAACGAGUUGAAGCGGUGCGACUACGAUCUGAGCAGGUGGAGGAAGAAGUUCCGCCCCUCCAACGCUGACAUGGCCCUGCUUGAUGCCCAUGGCGGAGCGGCGUUUGACUUGGCAAAGCAGCUGCUGCAGAAGCGACCCAACCAUGACCAUGCCGGCGAGAGGGCGGAGAGGGCGGAGCAUGGGGAGAAGGGGGAGAAGGUGCAGGUUGGGGAGGAUGCGCGGGGGAGACACAAGGACGUGGGGCGGAAGAAAGGCGUGGGUGCUGUGGAGGUGGCGACAGGAGGUGGCAAGGCAGGCGAGAGGAGUGAUGGCGUGAGAGGGCGAGGGGAGGCAGCCCGGGCAAGAGCGGAUGUGCGAGGAGGGAAGGAGGCAGCGGCACUGCGAGGAGGUGCGAAGGAGGGCAGUGAGGUAGGGAAGGGAUUGCUGGUGCAUGCGCUCAAGGCUGUGGUGCCGCCUCCCACCGCCCUCCACCCCCAGCCCUCCCUGCACGCCCCCACUGGUGGUGCGGGCAAGGCAAGGCGGGCGGCAGCGGGUGACAAGGCGGGGCAGGUGGCAGGCAGAGGGGACGCGGAGGGCGCAGAGGGGGAGAGCGGCAGGGGCAGGGGAGCGGGCGUGAGGGCGAGGGGGGAUCGCGGGAGGGCGAGGGGCGGGGCAGUGGAUGUGGCGGGGGCGGUGAAGCGCGGGCACGUGGCGACGGCGUAUGUGCUGGGGUCGCUGGUGGCGGGGCUCGCCCGGUCGCUGGAUGAUGACAAGAGCCGCGGCGGUGAGGAGGGGGGGGACGCACGCUUGACGCAUGGUGUGGCGGGCAGCGAAGCAGAGGCUGAUGAGGGUAAGGAGGCGAGGGGAGGCGGUGGGCAGGAGGAGAGAGAUGGGGGCAAAGGGGAGGUAGGGGGCAGGAAGGACGGGAUGGAGAGGGAAGGUGGGCGUGUGGUGCGCGGUGGUGCAGAGAGGUCAGGGGCGCGGGUGGAGAUGGGCAAGGGAAAGGCAGUUGAGGCGGGGGGCAGAGGACGGGAUGGGGGGAGUGAGGGGGGCGUGGGAGUGAGUGUGGCGGUGGGCAUGGCGGAGGUGGGCGUGGCAGCAGCGGGUGCCACAGCCACGGCAGUGAUGGCAAUAGCGUCCUCUGUGUGGCGCGAUAUGGCCGCCCCCUCGCCCGCCCCUCCCACCCCCAAUGCCCGCAGCAGCCCUGUGACAGCAGUGGUGAAGGCUAGUGAGGUGGGCAGUGGGAGGAGGGGGAAGGAGGGGAAGGAGCAGGAGAGGGUGUUGCAAGAGGCAGUGGAGGCGGCAGCGGAGGAGCGGGAACGGAUUCUGAAGGCGGUUGGGGGGAGUGAGGGCAGCAGGCAGCAUGAGGGGUCGCCUGUGGAGUUGCAUGCAGUGGUAGGAGGUGGCGAGGGAGGGGCGUAUGUGGGGGGGGUGGGAGUGGUGGCUCGGGAGGGGCGUAUGAGGCGGCAGGUGGAGCGGCAGGUGAUAGCAGAGGAGCUUCUAACGUCAGUAAGCGAGCUGGGGGUGCAGCUGGGGUCACUGGAGGAGUCGCUGCAGGCAGGCCGGCACGUGGCAGCAAAGCAGCAGCACCUGCUCACCCGGAUGGAGAAACUUCUUGUGACUCCAUCAACCCAUAAGCAAGCGGCCUCUCCCACUGUGAACACCACUGGUGUGCCUUCGAGCCAUAACGGCAUGCCAUCGAUACAAGAUGCGGGCCAAUAUGACAGGACUGAAAAAUAG